AACAAAGAAAUAAAACUACAGAGCUAGAUCUAUAUUCAGCAAAACAAUGUCAAAACAGUUCUUUAGCUCUUUCUUUGGCCAGAAGGUGUGGCUCCUACCAAAAAGGCGUGGCUCCUUAGCAAAAGGAGUGGCUGAGCAACCUCGUGUGAGGAAGAGGUUCUAGACAAAUAGUAAGUAGUUUCUGAUGGAAGGAGAGUCGCCUCCUUGUACACAGACUCCAGAUAAUUGGCUAGAGGAGUUGGAGUUUUGGUUGGAUGAUCAGGAGAAGUGGCUGGCAGAGAAUGAGUCAAUAGACACUCAAACUGAUUGGAAGACACUACUAGCAUUAUACAAUACAUUACAGAGCUCCCUUAAUACAUUCCUAUUACAGCAAGAGAACUGGUUGCAGCAGUUGACCGAGGAUGAGAAAGGAAAGGCAUUGACUGAUAAAUGGAAGGAUAUUGUUCCAGUCUUGCUCGUGCGCUACAAAUCCCUGCUGCAGCAGAUUUCUGACCUACAGAACAGUUCCAUGACGUUUGGUAAGCUCCUCGUGUCUCAGGGGAAGAGCCUGUUAGAAGUAGCAUCAGGAAUAUCACCAGGAGAGGAAACUGAUGCUGUCAGAAACACCUGUGGAUCAAUGAAGGAGGUGCUGUUAGGAAUAAAUAAUCAAAUGAAAACGCUAGAGGGAGUCCAGUCAGUAAACAUGACAUUAUUAGUACCAGCAACUUAUAACAUGAGAAGAGAGGAUGGAGAAAUGGAAGAGAUGCCUGUGCUAAUGGAAGAUGAGUAUGAAGAUGAGGAAGAUGAUGACUCCAUUGAUAGUUGCUAUAGAAGCAUUACUGACAUCAAAGAGAAAGCCGGUCUCUUCUUAUUGGAAUGUCAGGAGCUCAUCAGUCAAUUAGAGACUGCAGUUAACUCACUCUCACGGUCCAUAUCACAGUGUAAUGAUAGGUUUAUGCAAGACUUAGAGGAAGUGGAGGCGUGGCUGAAUCACGUGGAGCACUGGGUGUGGAUGGAACCACUGAGAAUGUUUGAUAAUCAGGGAUCAUUGACACGCGAGAGCAGUAUGUAUUACACUGAAGAAGAUGAGGAUCAUCCUGAACUAUUAGUAGCUGAUAAUACGUCACCAGAAGAGGAGGAGGAGGAGGAUGAUAUGGAUGUAUCACUAGAGAAUGAUGAGGUUGAUUAUGAUUCCCCUGGUCUCCCUCCUCCUAUCCUUGAUUUUGAAGAUGAUGAGAUGAUGAUUGAUGAUGGGGAAGGAGGAAACGAUGAACUUGAUUCAUUUGAACUCUCACCGGAUCAAAAACCGGCAAUCAAGAAAACCCAAGGAGGACGCAAAAGCUUAGAAGCUUCGUCAGAACUCUCUCCGUUGUCGCUAAAAGACUCUCCAAUAUCACUCAACUUCUCCCCACAGUCACCGCUACACUCACCACCAGCACCACUAGCACACACACAAUCACUACCAGCACUCUCAUCACACCCUCUACUGGGAUCACCUAAUGAAAUACACUCACCAUUAUCACUAAGAGGACUCUCAACAGGAGUGAUACACAUACCAGGACAUAGAGGAAAGAGGAAGCAUAGAAUGGAGGAAGAGGAAAGCCCUGAUCCUCUAACUGAUGAAGUGUUCACUCCCGACACACCUGAAGACAAGCAGAUGGCCUUUCCCUCACUCGCUGGUAAAAAGUAUCCACCAGUUUUUAGCGAAACGGAGCUAAGUAAAGAUGACCAUAGCGACCCAGAGGGUAGCUAUGUUGGCAGUAGCUUAGGAGGAGGAGGAGAGGGAGAGAGUGGAUCAGAGCUGACUGAGGACAAUAGCUUAGAAUGGAUAAAAGGCAUCAGGCUGUUUGAGUAUAGAUUGAGUUCAACUGAUGAAGACGUACUUCAAGAAGGAGACAGGAUACAUUACUCUGAUCUGAUACAACAGCUCCAGUCAAUCAAGUCUUCCAUUAGCGUACAGUCUCAAAAGAAAGACAAUGUACUAUCCAACAGUGAUCAGUUGUUAGCUGCCGCUAGAUCACCAGACGAAGCUCGUGAGAUUCAGCUGAGACUGCAGAACAUCAAGACCCACUGGGAGAACCUUCCCAAGCGCAUUGAGAACAGACUAGUGGAGAUGAAGUUUGAGAGAAAACAAACAGAAUUAUUGGAAUGGUUGUUUGAGACGAAAUCUGAAUUGGAUUCUUUACCAAAAUGCCUUGUAUUACCAGAGGAAAUGGCACGAUCACUUAAAGAUUUCAAAACUUAUUUUGAUGAUACUGACCACAUGAGCGUUGGUGAGAGCAUUAUGGAGUCAGUGAGAGGGACAGUGGAGGAACUCGUCAGCUGCUGCGAGGAAGAGGAGAGCAGGCUGCCUGAGACACUCACUAAUUUUGAAGAAGCUUUUGAUAUUGUCAAUGAAAAAGUUGCUGCCUCUAGAGAGUUGCUGGAAGAAGGUGUUAAGUUGUGGGAGGAGCUUGAUAGUGCAGCCACGCCUCUCAAUGAAUGGAUAGAGAUGAGUGAGGUCUAUGUAAAGGAGCGUGAGGUGUAUGGUCAUUCUCUUGAUGAGGCCAAAGAAUUCAAGAAAACACUAACAACCUACAGAGACUCACUUCAUGAGAAAUACCAGUCAUUGACUGAACUGGUCACUAUUGGCAAUGUAAUUGUUGAUAAGGUCAUAGUGGGGAGUCCAGCCUAUAGAUAUCUUGAUACUGUUGUUAGAGGGACCACACAAAGAUGGAAGGACCUAGUGCUACUACUGAAUACUGUGGAUCAAGAGCUGAGUAAUGUUCUCAUUAAAUGGCAGGAAUACAAUGAGUUGUAUGCAGCCUCACGUGAUUUCAUUCAUCAUGUGCAGCAGAUAGCUGGCAUUGAAGUGCUGGGAGUGUCAGAAGGUGACACACAGUUACUACCAAAAUUCAUACAAUUGGAAAAUGAGAUCAACUCAUUUAAACCGAAAGUACUUCACCUUCAAGCCGUCAAGAAAGAGCUGGGAUCCAAUGAUAAAGUUGGCAAGAAAGAAAGCAUAGAAGAGGAAAUGACUCAACUUGAAUGUGACUGGUCGCUAAUAGGGAACGUCACUAAAGGCUCGCUUGAGAACUUGUGGAUGGAGCAUGAGGAGUGGCUCCGAGAGCAAUUGGAGAUAAUGAGAGACUACAUGAGGGAAGGUGACGGUUUAUGGGAUGUCAAAGUUGAGUUCAUUAAUGGGUACCCAUUGAAGAGACUCCUUGAAUCGUCAUCUAAAGAACUGCUCCAACAAGUUAAAGUACUCACCACUGAUCACGAGGAUAAGUUGUAUGAUUUGGAUGAGAGCAUGUGUAUGGUCCAGUCAUUGGUGGAGUCCAGGUUCAAAGAGAUCACUGCUUCUGGUGGCUCCAUUCACUCUCAUGAUGUCAACAAGGAGAUACUGGCUGUGGUCAAGAGGUGGGAGAACCUUCAGGUGAUGUGUGGCUCAGUCAGUCCAGUAUUUCAGUUGAUAACAGCUCAGUUAGAGCUAGUACAAGGUCUACAGUCAAUGAGGCAAUCAAUACAAGAACUCGGAGCUGUCUCUGGCUACCGCCUUCAUAUAGAACACAAAGUUGAAGAAGCUGUGGUGUGUUUUUCCCAGUCAAGGUUUGAUACCCUUCGUCAGGCUGGCUAUGAUUUAGACACUAUAUAUCGAGAGAUUUACGCUGGAAUCGACAAACAAGCCCUUGGGCCCUCGCUGAGAUUGCCUAGCAACCAGGAGAUCCUCCACACCCACCAGGGCCUCAAUACUGAGAUUGCUAAUCUUGUUACCAGCAGUAAAGGAGUGAUGGCUCACUUUCUGCUGCUGCUUGACUGGUGGAAGGAAUACGAGAGAUUUUCAAAGGUGUACUGGGAUUGGUCUGCUGUUACUGAGCCACAGUUGUGUGAACUGAGGGAGAGGACAGACGCUGCAUCACUUGAUGAUACUCCUCAAGACUUAUUCAGAAUAGCACAAGAUUUAUCUCAAGAGUUUUCUGAGAAAGAAUCACUCGUCAGUUCAACGUGUACGACACUACAAAACAUCAUUCAUGAUUUCAAUGACAAGGGAACUCCUUCAGAGCCUCUCGUUAGAGAACUCAAGGAAUUACGUUCAAACUGGGAGGGACUCUCUACCCAGUGCAAGGAGCUUUACAGUCAGUUGGAAGAGGAGUCCAACAAGCUGAACGAGUACUUGACAAAACUAAGCUCUUUCUCCGAGCGACUCAACGCUGCUUAUACUGAACUUUAUGAUGAAUGCUGCACUGCAAUAUCUCCCAAUGCUACCCCAGACACUCUUAACAGACAGAAAAUGAAAUUAGAGAAAUUUAAUAAUCUCAUGAAAGAAAUGUCAGAGGAAUUUACCGAGUUACGUAGUUUAGGAGAGAAGUGGGGCCUGAGACACAUUCCAACUGAAUGGGUUGAAGAAUUCAGAGAAACAUCACCAGCUCUUAGUGAUGAUGAUGAGUCCAGUCAUUGCAGUGUUGGUAGGCAGCUAGCUACAUCUGAGGGGAGACUCAACGCUAUGAAGAAGAUGCUUCAAGAUAGAGCUCUUGAUUUAGAGUUAUGUGAAGGAAGUACAGCUGGUCUUAUGUCUUCAGCCAAUGAGUUAUUAAAUUGGGUGGAGGAGUCUCUGGGGCUUAGUUUUCUUAAUGAAGCUCCUCCAGGAGAAUUUGAAAGACUUUUGGAGAAUAAAGAGAAUCUUGAGUCCCUAAGAGAAGAGUUCCAGUCUCGAAGACACUUACUGACUAAACUCCAUCAGAUAGCUGCCACUUCUAAAGGAUCGCUCUCUGAAGUAAACCUGAAGAAGGUUGAAGCACUCAUGGCUCAGCUUGACAAUGCUUGGGCUAAAAUGGAGGAGUCUGUCUCUACAGUGACACACAGCACAGAGGAAGUGUUGGCAAUGGUUGAGAAGUUUCGUGGAAAGUGUGGAGAGUAUGAGGAGUGGUUGAACAAGACGGAUGGUGCAUAUAAAGACUGUGGAUCAAUAGGAGCCGAUCUUGAAAGAAUGGAGCAACAAGAAAUAAUACUUGAGGAGCUCAGUAAUGAUAUCAGGGAACACAAGAAACUCAACGAGGAUCUUAAAUUAGAAGCAGCUGGCAUCAUGGAGGUGGCUCAGGAGGGAACCUGCCAGGGACUGGAUAUGCAAGUACAAGGACUCGAGGACCGAUACCAAGAACUAGCUGACCUGGUCGCUGAAGCUAGUGAACUUUGUGAACAAGGAAAGAAGGACAUGCAGGACUUUGCCACAAAAGAGGAAGUAUUUAAUAAAAUGUUUGAGAAGGUCACUCGAGAGUAUAAUGAAUUGGUUGAGAAACCUAAGAGACCUUUAGGAAACACUCAAGAAACUCUUGACGAGCAUGCUGAUCAUUGUGUUGAAGUUGAGAACCAGUCCGAGCCGUUUGACAGGAUGUACCAGUUAGGUCAUUUCAUUGUCAAAACCUACAUACCGUGUGAAGCAUUUGACGAACGUCUUCAAGAGAUGUUUAACCAGUGGGAGGAGUUUGUGAAUUCUUUAAAUGAGCGCUGGUUGCAGAUCAAAGGCCUCCAAGGCUAUUGGACUGAUUUCGAGAAGCAGGUAGGGGAGUUCCUUAACUGGGUCACUGAAGAGGCUAAGACUUUCUCUCUGGAAGUGACGUCAACUGACGGAGAGAAAGGAGUCUCCGAUCACAUGCUCUCAUGCAAGAAACUUCACGGGACUCUUAAUGAGAAGAUGGCUUCCGUGGAUGAGAUAUCUGAAUUAGCCGAUAUAUUGAAACCUGAUGAUGGGGAGAAACCUAACGGAACUAAAGACGUUGAAUCAAGACUCAAUGACGUUCAGACCCACUGGGCAUCAAUAUGUCAGCUGUUGGACGAGACACUAGAGCAGUUAUCAUCAGUAUACAGUAAAGUGUGUCUGAUAGAGGACAUGACACAGAAAGAGAUGGAGUGGCUGGAUAUAGUCUGUGAAGCAGCAGCUGAUAAGGCUCCUACUCGUGGAGUCAUUGAUGCACUUAAAGAAGAAAUAGAUAGACACAAGGUCUAUAUUGAUGAGAUAGAGGAGCACCGCCCUUUUGUUGAGGUUGUCAUGGCAACAGAGGGGUUUAUGCUGGAGCACAGUCGUAGGUCAGAGCACGAGGGAAUCAGCCAACGAGUGAGGAACGUAACCGAACGAUUUGAGAACUUGGAAGGAUCUGAGAGAGUUUAUGUCGAGAAGUUAGAAUUAUCAAUCCCUUUGUGGGAGGAGUUUCACAAACACAGAGAGGAGCUCUCAGUCUGGGUACAAGAAGCUGAAGGAGUUUAUAAUUCUGAUAAACUCAAACCGGGCAAUGCCAUCAUCACUGAACGUAACUUGAGAAAUGCUGAGGAACUGAAUGCCAACAUCAAUCAGCACAAACCUGCUGUACAGGUCCUCAGUGACAUAACAAGGCAGCUCUCUGAGCUCUGUGUUGCUGAUGAUUGUAGUUUCAUAACGGAGAGAACCAACCAGAUAACAGUACACGUGGAGACACUGGGUGACAGCACUGAAGCAAGGAGACAGAUGCUGGACACUAGACUGCAGAGCUGGCAGGUCUUUCCUGUUGAGGAGGCAAAGACUGUCCAGGAGUUCCUGGAUGUUAUAGCACAAGAGAUAGACGAUGAGGGGGAGGAGGAGGAGGAGGAGGAACUGACUGGAGAGGAACUUCUGGAAAAACUUAAAAGACUUGAAGAAUUACAAGAUGAGCAAGAAGCUAAGGCUGAUAAUGUCUCUGUCAUUGAUAAGUCUGCAGAGAGUAAAGAGAUACAAGAGGCUCUUGCCAAGAACCCUGACAUAUCAAGGGAAAGGAACAACUUAAUGCAAGGUUGGAGCAGUGCAUCAGUGAGGUUAAGUGAUAAGCUGGUGAUGAUGAGACUAAGGGCAGACCUCACACUUGGCUUUGAGAAGCAUAGUAGAGCAUGUCACACCACACUGGAGUCAUAUGAGACUCACCUCUCUCUCCCUCUCCCUCCCUCCCCAUUACUGGUCAGACUUCAUAAUGAAUGGAGACAAGAAGAGCACGAAAUGAAGGAUGAGUCUGGUAAGGCUCUAAAUGACUUGGUGGGGUUUUGCGAUGGUUACAAAGAUGAUCCUAGGAUACAAGUUUCAAGAAAGCUACUUGAGAAAGUAGACUCCAUUAGACAGAGACACACAGCUGCUAAAGAGAGGCACACAAGGAGAGUCAAUGAGAUGGAUCAAAGACUAAAGGACUGGGGAGUAUACGAACCUUUACUGAAACACUUCUCUGAGUGGGUGGUCCUUACAAAGGCUGAACUCUCUGCUUUGAGUCAUUUCCCUAAUUUCCUCACAGAGUUUAUUUCUCUUAUAGGACGUUAUGAGAGGGUGAAAAGUGAGGUAGAGAAAAAAGAUGGAGACUAUAAAUGUUUGAAUGACAAUUUUGAGACUCAUUUAUUUUUACCAAGAGUUAAAAGAAAAGUAGAAGAAAAGGAGAAGGAGGAAGAAGAUGAACUUAAUUUUGAAGAGGAAAGAAUAGAGAAUGGAGAAGAACCUGAAGAGAGAGAAGGAGCAGAAAAUGAAGGAGAAGAUGAAAUAGAAGAGGAGGUUGAAGUGGAUCAAGAGCUUGCCGAACUACGAAAUAUUUUUCUUGAGUCACGGAGACACUGGGAGUCACUAGCAGGCAGGCUGGCUUCAUUCCCUGAGGAAAUGGAGCCAUGGAAGAGAUUAUUUGAUACCUUUAAUGAACUAGCUGAUGUUAGUGAAGAUCUGAACAAAAGAUUGACUGAUGAAAGGGAAGGACUAAGAGUCUUGUAUGAUCAAGAAGCCAAUCCAAGGCCUGUAGCUGAAAGGUGCAAACAAAUCAGUAAAGAUCAGGAAUUAAGACACAGACAUCUUGAUGGUCUAGAGCAGUUGUUGGAGGAGCUUGUUACACCUGAAGUGUCUGAUGAAUACGAAUCAGCUAAAGAGUUCAAAGAACAGUGUCAAGAUUUGAGGGGUUUGUGGGACAAACUCAAUAAUGAAACAAAUAAUCUCAUCGAUGAUUCCCAGAGAAAGGCAGAUGAAUGGGAAGAAAAGGCUGUCAAUGCCAUGAAUGAAUUAAAGGUCAAAGAAGAGGAGGUUCUUGAACUUGAGCAAAAGAUAGAAAUGAAGGAUGAUGAGAUUGCUCGGCUUAAAAGGAAUAAGAACAAUAGACAGGAAGGACCUUCCAAGCGAUGGUUGUGUACAUGCACAUGCUUUGUCAUAAUCUUCAUGAUCUUGGCUUGUCUCAUCGUUGUGGCAGUAGUACUUAUUUAUGCUUUAAGUGAAACCACACUAUAUCAUUUCUUCAAUCAUUUGGGACAUAUUCAAGAGCCAGGAGAUGAUGAGGAUUGGCCACCCUUGUAACUCCCCAUAGUUUUAUACAGGUUUAGGUGUGUCUUCAAUAAUAUUAUUAUUCAUCACUUUGUUAUUUUUUUACACUUUCAUUUAUCCACUAUUCAAAUGACUAGUUUCUUAUUAUUAUUAUGACUUUCUGCACUUGCUUAAAUUUUUCUGCCCAUUUAAUCAUGAA